CGAACCGAACGAUGCCCGACCGAUGGCACCGGGCGCGCUAGUUCAGCUAGUCUGGCGGGGCGAUCGAUGCCAGCGAUGAUAUAUCCGUUCACUUGCUCGCCGAACGUCGAGGUCUCGAGUCGUUUUCGAUCGUACACCGUGACCGGUUUGCCUACGAUCCCCAUAUCCAUCUUUGCGAAGGACAUCCUUGCCGUUACUGCCUGCAUUCGCCACAACCUAGUGGCGCGCUUCGAUCGACAGUUGGAGCUAAAAUCCUUCGCUCCACGGGAAUCAACGUUUGUCAAGCCUUUCGCACGAACCCGCUAAUCAACAAUGGCAUCGAGACUUCGAAAGUUCGGCGUGACAGCAGCCGGUAUCGCGAUCGGUGCCGCCCUGUCCACCUAUGCCCUGCAGCACAAAGAUACGCCCCAGUAUCAGGUUCAAAUGGAGGAAAUGCAACGUAUUCGACGUAAGCGAACGCUGCCUUCACGAUCGGAACAGAUCAAGGCGCUGCAGAGCGACGAAGAGUACGAUGUGCUGAUCAUCGGUGGUGGAGCCACUGGGGCCGGCUGUGCACUGGAUUCGGUCACGCGCGGACUUAAGACCGCCCUGGUCGAAGCGGACGACUUCGCCAGCGGUACCUCGUCACGAUCAACCAAGCUGAUCCAUGGUGGUGUGCGAUAUCUGCAGAAAGCCAUUCUCGGUUUGGACAUUGAACAGUACCGGAUGGUAAAAGAAGCUCUGCACGAGCGCGCCUCAAUGUUGCGAUCGGCGCCACAUCUGACCAGACCACUGCCGAUCAUGCUUCCCGUUUACACCUGGUGGCAAAUUCCGUACUUCUGGGUCGGUAUUAAGGCGUACGAUUUCGUCGCUGGCGAUCGUAACGUGAAAAGCUCGUACUAUCUGUCACGCGCCGAUGCGCUGGAACUGUUUCCCAUGUUGCGCGGCGAUAAACUGUGCGGAGCUAUCGUGUACUACGACGGACAGCAGGAUGACGCACGUAUGAAUCUGGCCAUCGCACUGACCGCGGCACGCCAUGGCGCUGCCAUCACGAACCACGUCGAGGUGUUGGAGCUGCUGAAGAAAAAGGGCGACGAUGGUAAGGAUGUGCUGUGUGGCGCCAAGGUCCGCGAUAACAUUAGCAAAAAGGAGUGGACGAUCAAGGCAAAGUGUAUCAUCAACGCGACCGGUCCGUUUACGGACUCGAUCCGCAAAAUGGAUAACCCGACAGUGAAGGAAAUCUGCUGCCCGAGCUCGGGCGUGCAUAUUGUGCUGCCGGGAUACUACAGCCCACAGCAGAUGGGUCUGCUCGAUCCGGACACUUCGGACGGUCGCGUUAUCUUCUUCCUGCCCUGGCUGAACGGCACGAUCGCCGGUACCACGGACUCGCCGUGCGAUGUAACGCGCACCCCCACGCCCACCGAGGACGAGAUCCAGUUCAUUCUGAGCGAAAUCAAGAACUAUCUCAACAAGGACGUUGAUGUUCGCCGUGGUGAUGUGCUGUCGGCGUGGAGUGGCAUCCGACCGCUGGUGUCCGAUCCGAACAAGGAGGACACGCAAUCGCUGGCUCGCAACCACAUCGUGCACGUGAGCGACUCGAAGCUGAUCACGAUUGCCGGUGGCAAGUGGACGACGUUCCGAGCGAUGGCCGAGCACACGAUCGAUGCUGCCAUCAAGGCGUGCAACCUGAAGCCCGAGCGCGGUUGUGUCACCGAUGGGCUGUGGAUUGAGGGCGCCCAGGGAUGGACACCGACGAUGUACAUCCGCUUGGUGCAGGAUUUGGGUCUGGAGGUAGAGGUGGCCAAACAUCUGGCCAUAUCGUACGGCGAUCGUGCGUUUGCCGUGGCCAAGCUGGCUACGCUGACUGGCAAGCGUUGGCCCAUCAUCGGCAAGAAGCUGCAUCCGGAGUUCCCGUACAUUGAUGCGGAGGUGCGCUACGGCAUUCGCGAGUAUGCCUGCACUUGCGUGGACAUGAUUUCGCGCCGUUUGCGACUGUCGUUCCUGAAUGUGCAGGCCGCCAUCGAGGCGCUCCCCAUGAUUGCAGACAUCAUGGCGGAGGAGCUAAAGUGGUCAAAGGACGAAAAGGAGCGCCAGAUAAAGCAGUGCGAACACUUCCUGCAGACGCAGAUGGGCCACCAAGCUAACCGCACACUGAAGGAGAAGGUACCGAUCAAUCUCUCCAAGCAGGAGGUCGACAUGUACGUGAAGCGCUUCGAAACGAUCGACAAAGAGAAGAAGGGCUACGUGUCGAUCACCGACAUUAAGCGCGCAAUGAAGUCGUUCGGCGAUGCGGAGGUCAGUGGCGAAGAGCUGCACGACAUUCUCAAGGAAAUCGACACCAACAUGAACGGACAGGUCGAGCUGGAGGAGUACCUACAGAUGAUGUCGGCAAUCAAGUCCGGAUUUGUAUCGCACUCUCGGUUUGCUGCGGUGGCGGAACAGGAAGAAAUCCGCAAGGAGCAGGAACGUCUCAAGAAGCAGAUCACCAUCGAGCGAUCUGGAGCCACUCAACGAAAGUCAAACUAAAACUCUGCGCGUUUGUGUCUUCAAACUGCCGCCACUAAAGCAUGUCCUCUACCUGUUUAAUCCACCAACAUUUGCACUCAAUGCGCAUUUGUGUGAACACCGUUGUGCAUUUGCGAGGCUAGAAACCAAAGCAACUCAAAGCAUAUACACUCACCAAGAAACCUCCUAUUUGUAUCCCGUUGUUGUUAAUAUGAUUGCAUUUUUGCGCAUCGUCGAUCGUGCAUCGUAUGCAGUUGUGUAUCUGUAAAAGCUGUCCAACUGUCGCUGUUCGCUUGCCAAGCGAAUGGAACGGCGGGCAGUGUAUUGCUAACCUGGCCCUGCGUGCUGAUAGUAAAUCGAGUAACUUAUUCUAUUCUGUAAGAUCAUACCAGUGUACAUAUAAUUGUUGUAAGUCACAGCGCAUUGUAAGUGUAAUUACCACUCUCGGAUUGUUUACUGUUUGGAGAAGUUUUCUGGAAGUUUAACCAAAUGAACGCAAACCUCCGAAAGCUAGAUCAAAUGAAGAAAUCGUACAAAAACGAACAAACACACCAAGAGAGCAUUAUAAAAAAAUAAGCUCUGUCUCCAUUGCUACUCUUUGGUGGUGGAGAUUUGAUGGUUCUUUGGUGUUCUGUUAGAUCCAACGCGAUCGAUUUUUAAACGCCAAUAGGACAGAGAAGGGAUCAUCUGUAUUCUCGCAUAACGAUGUGUAGGUAAUUCUUUUGCAAGUAUCCAAAAAGUUCUUUGUUUGCGGUGAUUUAAAUUUUCGAAAUAUUUAACAACACAAACAAACAAACAGCCUUUAAAAACUAGUUCUUUAAAAACGAACCAAGAAUGUUUAUUUGUUUGAUGUGGGUUAUAAGUAGUAUUGCACAUAAUUGAUGUAAUAUUACAGUAAUUGAGUUCAAUUCGAAAUCAUGCUUUAAUGUGUAUGUUUGUAUGUGAUCUUGUUUAUGUGUUUAUGUGUGUUUAACCAUUCAUUUCUCGUUAUUGCUUUGCAUUUUAAUUAUCAAUCUUCACAUGUAGGUUCAUCUGUAUUUUGUUACUUUUCCUUCAUUGUAUUCACCAUGUGGUUUAUUGACCAUUAUGUAUAAAUGAUUGUUUUGGCUUUUACAUUGCUUCGUUUGUUAUUGUCCAUGUUGUAUACAAUUAAUAGUAACUUUUUCCUUAUUUUUUUCUCAUCUCUCAUCGCUCCAAAAUGGUUUGUUUUAGCUAAGUGCUGUACCACGAACACGGCUGUUAUUUGUGACAAUGGAUAACUUAUGGUUGCUUGCAUAACACCCAGGAUGACCUUCGCUUCUCUCCAACGCGAUAAAAGACCUUACUCAUCGGCAGUUCCCACGUGCUCCCUGUUGGUUGGUGAAUUGAUGUUAAGAUACAGAUUAUUUUAAAUUCGAAUUACUUUUGAUCUUCACAAUUCACAAUUUAUUUAUUCGUACAACUACUUUUAUUGUUUCUAUCUCAUCGAUUGGCUUUGCAAGCUUCGUCAGGGUUCGGCACUACCCGAUACAAACAAUGAGCAUAAAUUAUUAAGUUAAUUUCCACAAACAAACAACGAAAAAAGUGGAAUUGCAAAAACCAUGAACCUGAAAAAUGUGCUUGAUAGCACAUUUCACGCUUUCUGUUUCGUUACGUUUGAAGAAAGUUUUUAAGAUUAAUGGCUAAGGAUAAUUCGAUGCAAAAUGUCAGAAUAUAAAAAAUAUGCGGAAAAAAGAGA